ACGAAGCGGUAGUUAUUAGCUUAAUCUCUCGCUUGACCGAAUACACACCCGUUUUCGUGCUCUAGUCGGCCAUUGAACGUAUUGCAAUAUCGCAACUUUGCAUCCAACCUAAACCGCCCAUUCGCUUACCAUCGAUAUCUUCGCUUCUCCCCGAAAUCACUUUUCACCAUGUUUUUUCUUUAUAAUUUGGAGCGCAAGGUCACCUUGCACCCUUCUUUCAUGGGUCGCAACAUGCACGACCUCGUGACCGCGAAGCUCUUGAAGGAUGUUGAAGGCACAUGCGCUGGCAGCUACUUCAUCAUUUCCAUCAUGGACGCUUUCGAAAUUUCUGAAGGACGAAUUCUCCCCGGUCUUGGUAUGGCUGAAUUUACUGUCGGAUAUCGCGCCGUAGUUUGGCGGCCAUUCAAAGGCGAGACGGUCGAUGCAGUCGUACACUCUAUAAACCCACAAGGCUUCUUCGCUCAUGCAGGACCUCUGCAGCUAUUUGUUUCAGCCCAUUUGAUUCCUAGUGAUGUGAAAUAUGACCCCAAUGCGACGCCACCUCAGUUCACAAACAACGAGGACACCUCUAUUGAGCCACAAACUCACGUUCGCGUCAAAAUUAUCGGUACUCGAACAGAGGUUGGAGAAAUGUGGGCCAUUGGUAGCAUCAAGGAGGAUUACUUGGGAUGCCUCCAAGCUUCUUAAGUUGAGCGCGGUACUCGACGGAGUCGGAACCAAGAAAACCGCAGCCCCUUAGAAGGAUAUAAACAAUUAUGCGAUUCUACAACAGCAACCAGCCCUUCAAUUACUGGA